AAACUUAUAUCUUUUUCUAAUUAUAUUUUUGCAUAUAAGUUUUUUUUUCCUUUGCCCCUUUGAUCCUUGUUUGGUUGCCCAGAAAAUAAAAAAAUAGAUGAAGCUUUGUUGUUGUUUGUGGAAGCAGAAGAAGGAUGAUGGCUUUCUUUGCGUGCUAAACAUUUAGUGACCAAACUUCUUUUCUUAUUAAGUUGGAAUUUGAAAGCAGGAAGGAUGAGAUUCAAGAAAGGAACUAAAGUGGAAGUGUUGACCAAAUCAUCUGUUCCAUCUGGUGCGUGGCGAUCUGCUGAGAUACUCUCAGGAAAUGGGCAUUAUUACACUGUCAUGAAUGAUACUGAUCACUGUUCUACAGAGAGGGUACAAAGGAAGAGCAUGAGACCUGAGCCUCCUCCUGUACAAGUUCUACAUUCUUGGGCUCCUGGUGACGUUCUUGAGGUUUUUGAAAGUUGUUCGUGGAAGAUGGCAAUCGUCUCCAAGGUUCUGGAGGAAGGUUGUGUCUUGGUUAGAUUGCUUGGUUCGUCUCUGAAGGUGAAGGCAAACAAGUGUGACAUUCGGGUUAGACAGUCUUGGCAAGACAACGAGUGGAUCACGGUCGGGCAGGCGAAUCUAAAAGGCGAGUAUGUUUCAUCUGAGAGCAAAGACAAGCUCAAUGAGUCUCAUGUACUUUCGAUGAAAGGUCCAAAGAAACGGACCUACUCUUUGGUUGAACCGCACAAUCCGCUAAAGUUUCUUAAAAGAACAGAAGAAGAAGAAGACGAUAGAGAGAGUGUUGCAUCUUCUGUUGGCAGUUGUAACAUGGACGGUUUAAGCACCGUCUCUUUCGGUCCCAUAGAAACCAGUAACUCUAGUGACACAGAGUCAUCCUCUUGUGGCGGCCACAGAGGCAUCAAGAACAAGAAGUUGAGUUCACCAGCGAAAGACUCAGAAGCUGGUGAUGUUCAUAGGUUAGAGCUGGAUGAAUACCGAUCCAGCAUUGAGAGACUGCAUGCAUCAGGACCUAACAUAACAUGGGAACAAGAAACCUGGAUCACAAAUCUCCGCUUGAGAUUGAACAUAUCAAAUGAGGAACAUCUGAUGCAGAUAAAAAACCUCAUCUCUGAUGACAACAGCACUACUUACAGAUAGAAUCAUCAUUCACAACUACAACAUUGUGUUACAUAGAAUAAAUGUUAAAAGAGUAGUUUGUACAAAUGUCCCUUUUGAACAUAUUUCUUUUUUUUUAUUGUGGUGUUACUUGAUUCUCAUAUCUCAUUUUGGGUUCAAAGACAA